GGCUCUUACUUUGAAGGGAUCAGUUAACAUCCUCUCUAGCCGCUGCCCUUUCCUGUUAGCUAACACAGAGCUUUCAUGUCAUACCACAUUUAGCUAAUUACUCUUUGAUCUAUUUUCUGUUCUUACGGUGCUUAUUCGAGCAAACACAAAUAUGGCAGAAGCCAUUCAAAAGAAACUAAAAGCGGAAUUAGAAAAAUAUACACAGAUACAGAAAGAUGUUAGCAAGAGCAUGUCAGCUAGACAGAAGCUGGAGACGCAGCUGACAGAGAACAACAUUGUCAAAGAGGAGCUGGAUCUGCUGGACAGCACAAACACAGUUUAUAAGCUUAUUGGUCCAGUAUUAGUGAAGCAAGACCUGGAUGAGGCCAAAGCCACAGUUGCAAAAAGGCUGGAAUAUAUUAACGGAGAAAUUCAAAGGUACGAGACGCUCCUGAAAGAUAUGGAAAAGAAAUCUGAACAGCACCGAGAAGUUUUGUCCAGUUUACAGCAGGAGUUUCAGAAAGCGCAGGGCCUUGCUAUUGGCAAAGUCUGACCAAGUGAUGAAGCCUCACGCAUGCUCACAUACCCACACAGAAAAAGUAGAAGGGGAUAGUCAUAAUACAAUGUAAAUCUACUACAUAAGUAAAUUCUGCUUGUAUCUCGUCAUUAAUUUAGUGUUAUUACUGUGACUUUUCUCUUGUUACUAAUAAACAUGUUUUUCAUGAAAGGUCA